AUGUCGAGGACAGAGACUCACAGGAAUGAAAGAGGUAUGCCCCCUUAUUAUCUGCUCAAAAAUUUUGUGUCACCUACAAAAAUAGUCUAUGCUCUGGAGAAACUCGAAACGAAAGUGAAGUGGCCGCCAAAGAUAAGGUCUGAUCCGAGCACCAGAAAAUCUGACGCCCUUUGCGAGUUCCACCGGGAGCGUGGACAUAAAAUAGGAGAUUACAUCGCCGUCAGGAAAGAAUUUGUAAACAUGUUGCGGCAAGGACACCUCAAAGAGCUGCUGAGUAAUAAGGGGAGAAAUAACUUUGCUAGAGGACGCGAAUACCAAGGUCCGCCUAAGCCGCCAUCACCAGCUUGUACUAUCAACAUGAUCAUCCAUGGCAGCGACGAUGCCUCCAUUAAAGACAUUAAAUUCACCACCACUCACAAACUUAAAGGAUCUAUCACCCGCGAACGAUUUGACGGACUAGAAGAAAGUAUCAUCUUCGAUGAGUCAGAUGGCGCCAGUUUGACUUUCCCUCAUAAUGAUGCUCUCAUUAUUACUUUGCGUAUUUUAGAUACUGAUGUCAAAUGUAUCAUAGUAGACGAUGGAAGUGGAGCGUGCAUUAUCCAUCCCCGAGUCCUCACCCCGAUGAGACUCGAGGACAAGAUAGUGCCACGCUGCAUUACCAUAACCGGUUUUAAUAAUGUAGUUGAGCGGACAUCGGGAGAAAGUAAAUUCCCCGUAUUGGCCGGUGGCAUAACACUAGAGACAACAUUCCACAUCAUGAACCAGGCAACCGUAUACAAUGCCAUAGUAGGACGACUAUGGAUACAUCUCAUGAGAGUCAUCCCCCCCAGCUUAUACCAAGUGUCGUGCCCCUUUUUCUCGUGA